AUGGACCCCACUUUCGAAGGGUGCAAGCCUUGGGACGAAGUUGCCAUCCGGAACGCCAUCGGAGACGCUCGCGAGUUUGUGAUAGACGCACUGAAGCCCCUCGACACCAAAGGCAUGGACGCACGGUACCAGCGCUGGUUCGGCAAGCCUGACGAGACGAGGUACAAGGUUACUCUCUACCGCUCUGGAAUCGUCAACGGCUACCACUUCGAGGACUUGACAUACAAGUGCCACGACCCGUGCCCAGAGACGAGCGAGUCGGCCUUCGUGAGCGCAUACGUGGACAACGAUAUUCCCUCGAAAAUCCGCGCGACACAUUUCAAGUACGAUGCAGUCCUCGGGACGAAGGACUUUGGCUACACAGUCGAGGAGUGCAUGGGACUAGCCAGCAAUGACCCCGAGAACGCGGUGUGGAAUGCGGCCAACUACGAGCACUUUUCCGGUGACCGCAAUGGCGGACUCUGGGAGGCGGAGCCACUCGCGUACGAAGACGACGAGUCGGACGCUCGUGUCGAAGACACCGCGUAG